CCAAGACGACCUAAGAUAGGAGCAAAACAUCUGAGCCCUAUUCUCCCCCUUUCCUCUCCCCACAGUCUUUCAAAUUGUCCCUUAAUACCCAUGCAAAGCUUCUAAGCCUCUCUUCACCCUGCCCUAAACCCACCAAUCCUGUCCUCUCAAUUUCAUAACCCCGUAAAACCCCACCAAAAACCCUCAAAUUUUCGUACUCUUUCCUCCCCUCUUUUUCAAUCCCUUUUCCGCCUUUCUUCAAUUAAAUUCGGAAUGGCUGACGCAUCAGAAGAUGCCAAGGACAUAGAGAAGCUAUACGAGUACGGGGAGCGGCUCAACGAGGCCAAGGACAAAUCCCAGAAUGUUGAGGAUUACCGGGGGAUUAUUGCUGCGGCGAAAGGGAGUAUAAAGGCGAAGCAAUUGGCGGCUCAGCUGAUUCCGCGGUUCUUCAAGUUUUUCCCGGACCUUUCGGACGCUGCCGUGGAUUCGCAUCUGGAUUUGUGCGAGGAAGAAGAGCUUGGGGUUCGAGUACAAGCAAUUCGUGGACUUCCCCUUUUUUGCAAGGAUACUCCAGAAUAUGUUUCCAAAAUUGUGGACAUUCUUGCGCAACUACUUACAGCUGAAGAAAACGUGGAGCGUGAUGCGGUGCAUAAGGCUCUUCUGUCAUUGUUGAGGCAGGAUGUGAAAGCUUCUUUGACAGGCUUAUUUAAGCACAUCAUGACUGUUGAUGAUCCAAGCACAGAUGAAAACCUUCGUGAGAAGGUUCUAAAUUUUAUUAGAGAUAAAGUUUUUCCUCUUAAAGCUGAACUCUUGAAGCCUCAGGAACAAAUGGAACGGCAUAUAACGAAUUUGAUUAAAAAAAGCCUAGAAGAUGUAACUGGAGCAGAAUUUAAAAUGUUCAUGGAUUUCUUAAGAAGUUUGACUCUAUUUGGGGAGAAAGCUCCACCUGAGCGUGUCCAAGAACUCAUUGAAAUUAUUGAAGGGCAGGCUGAUCUAGAUGCUCAGUUCAAUGUUUCAGAUGGGGAUCAUAUUGAUAGACUGAUAUCAUGCCUGUACAUGGCUCUUCCUUUUUUUGUGAGGGGUGCAUCAAACAGCAAGUUUCUCAACUAUUUAAACAAACACAUAAUACCUGUUUUUGAUAAGCUUCCAGAAGAGCGAAAACUAGAUUUGCUGAAAAACCUUGCAGAGAGUUCACCUUAUUCAGCACCACAGGAUUCACGCCAGAUUCUUCCAUCCGUUGUUCAGCUCUUGAAGAAGUACAUGCCUCGAAGAAAGACGGGAGAGGAGACGAAUUUCACUUAUGUUGAGUGUCUGUUGUACACAUUUCACCAUUUAGCUUAUAAGGCUCCUAAUGCCACAAAUAGUUUAUGUGGUUACAAGAUAGUGACUGGUCAACCAUCAGAUAGGCUCGGGGAGGACUUCUCAGAAUAUUACAAGGACUUCACUGAGAGGUUGACUCAUGUGGAAGAGCUAGCUAGGGCUACUAUGAAGAAGUUAACUCAGGGAAUGGCUGAGCACAAUAAAGCAAUGGCUGCUGCUAAAUCUGAUGAAGCAAAGGAUAACAUUAAAACCCAAAAGCAGAAUACUACAACUGGUUUGAGAACCUGCAAUAACAUUCUGGCUAUGACACAGCCAUUGCAUUCAAAAUCACCUUCAUUUAUUGGGGAUAAGAGGAUCAACCUCUCUUGGAAGGAAGCAACAAAACCUUCUGUGCCUUCAACUGCAAUGGCAGCUGGAGGAAAACGACCUGCAAGUACUACGAAUGGUGCCAGCAAUGCUGCAGCAAAAAAGGGCCGUGGAGCUGGUGGUUUGCAAAACCAGCUAGUUAACAGGGCAUUGGAAGGUUUAUCCCAUGGUGGAAGAAGUGGUAUAAGGGGCAGAGGCAGAGGGUGGGGAGGGCGUGGGCGAGGAAGGAGCCACUGGUAGCUUUGAUUCCCAUCCAAAUUGUGUAACAGAACCAUCUGAACGAUGGAGUUAGUAUGAAUCAGAAGGAUAUGAACAAGAGUCAUUGAUGUAUUAAAUCUCUCUUCUAUUGGAACAAUUUUUUUAUUUAUAUAGGGGCAGCCAAUGAGUUUUUAGAUUCACUGAGGACCAACACUGGAUAGAGUUCCUCAGGAGCUGUUCUACUUUGCCAAGCUCCAUAUGACUUGAGGCCUUGGUUUCUCAAUCCUUUCUAAUUUUGCCUACUAGAACCAAUGUUGUUUAGAAAAUUUGCACAUGGCUGUUGUUAAAAAUCUUUGAAUGCUUGCUUUUUGCAUGUACAUUUGUGUGAAAGUGGAUAAAUGUAGCUUUAAGAGCUAGAUUCUUCAAA